CCGGAGCGUACGAAGCCCCUCUCUCUUUCUCUUCGGCGCCGACGAAUCGCCGAUAUUUUCCCGAUCCGUUGGUCAUUUAUGUAUCCCAUGAUGAAGGCGGGCUCAUCAAUUCCAUUGCGACGACUCUCUUCCCUUCUCGCUCUCUCCGUCUCUCUCUCUCUGUGAAUGGUUGUUCUCCGUUGGGCUGAAUCCGUCGACAUCCGGUAAGAUGGGGAAGGCCGGACGGUGGUUGAAGAGCCUGCUCGGCGGAAAGAAAUCGGCGACUAGAGAGGAUGGAAUGGUGAAGGAUAGGAAGAAGUGGGGAUUUGGCCGGUCCAGCCGUGAACGGGAGCGUGAAGGGGUGGGGGAAAGGCUCGGGUCGUACAGAGAGGGCGGUGGCGGCAGAUGCGAUGCGACGGUAGAGGAAGUCAUGGACCGCAACAAGCACGCGAUUGCGGUGGCAGCGGCAACCGCCGCGGUGGCGGAGGCCGCCGUUGCAGCAGCCCAGGCGGCAGCGGCGGUGGUCCGGUUGACGGGCAGUGGUCGGUGCGUGGCGGCCGGCGGGAAGAGGGAGGAGUUGGCGGCGAUCCAUAUUCAGACGGCGUUCAGAGGCUACUUGGCAAAAAGGGCACUGCGUGCAUUGAAGGGGCUGGUGAAGCUGCAGGCGGUGGUGAGGGGCUACAUCGUGAGGAAGCAAGCUGCUGCCACCCUCCGCUGCAUGCAGGCGUUGGUGCGGGUCCAGGCGCGCGCCCGAGCCCACCGAGUUUGUUGCUCCGACCAUGCCGGCUUCCUCCCUCGCCUGCCCCGUCUCUACCCGGGACCAGCAACACCCGAGAAAUACGAGCCCAGGGUUCGAACCAACAGGACCAAGAUUGAGCGAGCUCCAUCGGCUAAGCAGAGGAAUGCAGCACUGAAGCCAAAUUCUUUAGAAGCAGAGCUUGAUCAGAACCAAGUAGUGGGGAGACUCUGGUUGGACAGGUGGAUGGAUGGCCGCGGCGACGACGAGAGCACGAAGAUUCUUGAAGUCGAUCCCGGCAAGCCUCCGUUCAAUAUCAGGCGGAAGAACAACCAGAAGUGCUCUCAGUCGGUUAACAGCCGCAGCUUAAGCUUCAAUACCAUGCCGGAGUCCCCGUCCAAGGACUCGACGGCUGCACAAUUCUCGUCCCCUUCGCCGUCCUCCGUCAACAUGCCGUCCCAGUCCCUGUGCUCCCUUCACUUCACUUACGACGACGGUGACUACAUCUUCGCCGCCGCCGACGAGAAGAGCCCCCAGCUCUUGUCGGCCUUGUCGCAGCCAGGGGACGGCAGGAAGGGGCAGCUUGCACCAUUGAGGGGUGAUUAUGCCCAGAGUUUGUUCGGCGAGUACACAGACUACCCGAAUUACAUGGCUAACACGGAGUCAUGGCGGGCCAAGGCGCGGUCGCAGAGUGCGCCGAAGCAGAGGCCGGAGUUUGAGAAGUGUAGCUCGGGGAAACGGCUGUCGGCGUUUGAAUUCGCGGAUCUGCGGUCGAGCUCCGGCAGCCUGCAUUCACAAAGAUCAUCGCUCCAUGCGAAGUUCACUUCCAAGGCCUACCCGGGCUCCGGCCGGCUCGAUCGGCUGGGCAUACCACUUCGCAGUCGAGAUGGGAUUUAGUAGGUUGCAGGCUAAUGUGUUCCGGGGAUUGUUCAACUUACUCGCUUGUUUAUUUCCCCUUUCUAUUGUUUUUAAAGGAGGUAAUUACAAAACAGAAGUAUCCGAUGUCCUUUUUUUGUAUCCUUGUCACAUUGUGAAGGACAUAUGUGCUUCUUUUCUUUUGUUGGCUUUGUUGUUUUUGGCUCCAUGUGAAGCUAGUUCUGAAUGUAGAACUGAUGAAGGUUGAACUGUGGAAGAAAGUAACAGUUGCUUUCCAUGUAAAUUAAUCUCUUAAACUAAGUUUUCAGGAAAGUUUACUGUCUUCCUCUCAA